GGCAGCUGAGGGCCAGUUAGUGUUGAGCGGGAGGUCGCCACGGACUCGCCUGUACGGUCUCGCGUCAUGGCUGUUGCAACAGGGUAAGCGCCUCCAGCAACCAUGGCGAAGACGAGAUCCGGGCCACGUGCUCCGAGGUACAAAAACAACAACAACAACGACAAAAAGAAUCUAGAGAAUGGCUUGUACGUUCAUUCAUCUCCACCGAAGGCCUUCAACAGCAACAACGGCCACGGCUCAGCCACCAUCAGAGACUACAUCAGGUCGGCGGAUAUCGACGCCCUGGAGGAGGUGGUUCUCGAGGGACAAGGCACCAAGCUCGUCAAUCAGCAUGCCACCGAUACGAGGGUCAGGAAUUUCCUCAAGACUGUUCCUUCAUAUAUGGUGAGUUGCUGUGUAUUGUUGUGUGUGUGUUUUUUUUAAAUGGUGGUUGUUUGCUAUCUGUUUGUCUGCUUAUCUGGUCCUCUUCUGGUUUCUUUCUUUUUCUCUUUCUUUCUUUUU